CCCUCUACCGUAUUCUCUGGGAAUUGGUGUCUGACGCGGCUGCUCCGGCACAUUAUUUAUUUAUUUCCUCUUCCUCCCGCCCAGACCCUCCUGUCAGGAGAGCUGCAGCCCAGACGGAGACCGCAGGAAGCUACAGGACACAGGAGGCAGAGGGCGGCAGGAGGACCUCGCAGAAGCCCCCGCCCGGCACACCAAGCUCAUCAAGUCUCCCCGUGGCCAUGAGCACCCGGCAGGAGACCAGAAGAGAGGGGGGAGACUCCAGCAGGAGGGGGCAGGGGGCAGAGCUCCGGGACCGAGCCCACCUGAGCCAGCAACGCAGGCUCAAACAGGCCACCCAGUUCCUGCACAAGGACUCCGCCGACCUGCUGCCCCUGGACAGCCUCAAGAGGCUGGGCACCUCCAAGGACUUGCAGCCGCAUAGCGUGAUCCAAAGACGCCUGUUAGAAGGAAACCAGAGUCGGAGUCAGGGAGAGUCUCCCCUGGUGCAGGCCCUGAUGCAUGGCCAGGAGAACAGGAGGAAGACGAACACGCCAGAGAUUCCAGCUCUUCUGGUCAACUGCAAGUGUCAGGACCAGGUCCUUAGGGUGGCCGUGGACACAGGCACCCACUACAACCAGAUCUCCGCUGGAUGCCUCACCCGCCUGGGGUUAGGGAACAGGGACCCAGCACCUGGACUCCCACCCCAGGUGGAGCAGCUGGAGCUACAGCUAGGCCAGGAGACUGUGGCAUGCUCAGCUCAGGUGGUGGAUGUGGAGAGUCCUGAAUUCUGUCUCGGACUGCAGACUCUGCUUUCUCUCAAGUGCUGUAUCGACCUGGAACACCGAGUGCUGCGGCUGAAAGCCCCCUUCCCAGAGCUGCCCUUCCUGCCUUUGUACCCAGAGCCUGGCCAGUGACUGCUGGCCCCAUCAGUCCCCAGGGGGAAGCACUGUGACUUAGGGAAGAGCCAUGAGGGGUACAGGGACAUUACUGCAGCCAGGGAGUUGGGGAUCGCUUUGUCUGUGCCUUCUGUCACCACCCUGAUCCUACUGUCCUAUUACCCUGUCAGCCACAUUCGUCUCUGCUUCUUGGCAACUUCCCUAUCCCCCAGGAGCUUUCCCAGAGGGCCCAGGAUCUCAGGGCUCUGGCUUCCCUCUUCUCUCUCAUUCCCCUCCAGAGAAGAGCAAAGCCAAAUCAGGACUGCAGAAAGUGACUCAAGCGUCCUGGCCAGUGUGGCUCUGUUGGUUGCGUGUCAUCCUGUGCAGAGAGGUUGCCAGUUAGGGCAUAUGCCCAGGUUGUGGGCUCGGUCCCUGGGGAGGGGUAUGCAGAAGAUGCCUCCCUCACAUCGAUGUUUCUCUUUCCCUUCCUCUCUCUCUAAAAAUCAAUUUUAAAAUACAUUUAAAAAAAUUAUACAAGGAAAAUGGGGUUAGAAACUGGCCUCCACCUGCCCCCUGCCACCCCAAACCUCCUUGACUACCUUCACUCCCACAUCUCUCAUCUCACUUUCUGGGCUCAUUAUCUUUCAGAAUUAGAUGGCCCACUUCACCAACCAGCUCCCCAUCCCGGCUGGUGCCUACUGUUCUGAUUCUGCACACGCCAGCUCACAGCUGAGUGGCGGGUGGAGGGACACACUGAACGGAAUGAUUCAACACACUAGGAAGGUGGCUUAGUAGAGGAAUGCCAGUUCACAAGGCUGGGAGCUCUGUUAGUUACCUUUUCUGGGCUUGCAAACACCUGAAGCCAGUUAUUAUUUGAUUACCCUGCACGAAACCGUGGAUAUACCUCUAGUAUUUGCUCCAGAUAUUUGUCCUCCACUUGCUUUUUCACCCACUGGGUCCCUGAACUUCAGGGUGUGUGGGCAAGAGCCCUGCAGAGAGCUGCCCCCAAAGGUGAACAGGAUGGAGGGGUUGUCAGUACUUAGAGUCCUUAUUUCUAGGACUAUCCAUCUCAUUAGACCUUCUUCCUACCCCUCAUCUUGGGCUUCUUGAGCUAGACCUUGUCUUGUUUUGAAAUCUGUGGCUUUCUGUCCCCUGGCGGGCUCUAAGCCACAGCAAAGGGACAAGGAGGCUCUUCUGACUUCACUGUGGAGAAGAAUCCAAACCUUAAGAAACUAGACCCCCGAGUGUCUUUCUGGCUGGUUUGAGCCUCUAAAAUCAUGGACGUAGAGGAAGAGAGUGGUGUAACGAAUCUGACUAGGGAACUAGGACCUUGGGCUGGAAACAAAAUCUUGAGCGUGGGGCAGGUUAGCAAGGAACUGCCCUGACACCCAGCCUUGCCUUUCUCGGCUAAGUCCCCGCCCUUCCAGGGCCCUCGCUGUCACAGUGCUAGGACCCUGGUCCCUCACUGCCUCGCUCCACGGCCUCUGCUUUCCUGGCCUCACCCUGCUCCUCUCGCUUCUGCCUCCUGCUGCUUCUGUAAUUGUAGACACAGACUGCAGACUCCAGGCCCUAGGGCUGGCCCUCAGCUCAGCUGCUUCUCUAUUUGAAUAAACACCUAUUUCUCUA